AUGAGUCAGUCGCCAAUCACUCAAGUUAGUCCUGAAAAUGACCUUGGUGUGCCACAAGGCAUAAUAACGCAGGCUUCGGAGUCGAAAUUUAUUAUCGGAACGAAAACAGAAGAGUUAGCAAACAAAUCUACACCAGCCAAAAAUAUUUCCAUCUCGACAAGCAAUACGUCCACUACACUCGCAAAUGUAGAAGAACCUUCGUUACCGGCAAGUCAAAAAUCCCCUAAUAAUACAGCAACACAACGUCCACCACCACGUUCAUUUUUAUCGUUGUUUUUUUGUUGUACAUGGGGAGCUGGCGCGAUGAUAAACGAUGUUGACAGGGCUGAUAAUGCUACCACUGCUCCUACUUCUAGUACUCCAUCUGGGACUGUGAGUAAUAAAAGCAUUACUAAAAAACCAACAACCUCAUCCACGACAGAACCAGAAAAAUCUGCUCAAGAUAGUCUGCCGGUGAUUCCCGAACCAAUUCCGGAAGUACUAAUUGAAGAGGUCGAACGUAAAUGGUUGCUUGACCCAAUAGGAUCUGAACAUACUGGCAGAAAGUGUCUAGUAUUAGAUUUGGAUGAAACCUUAGUACAUAGUUCCUUUAAGAUGAUCCAUCAAGCCGACUUUGUUGUACCAGUUGAAAUUGAAAAUCAAAUACACAAUGUCUAUGUGAUAAAACGUCCCGGAGUUGAUCAAUUUUUGAAAAAAAUGGGGGAAAUAUAUGAGAUUGUAGUAUUUACCGCUAGUUUGUCAAAGUACGCCGACCCUGUCCUUAACAUGUUAGAUAUACAUAAGGUGGUUAAACAUCGGUUAUUUAGAGAAUCAUGUUUUAAUCAUAAAGGAAAUUAUGUGAAAGAUUUAUCCCAACUUGGUCGGGAACUUAGAGAUACUAUCAUCAUUGAUAACUCUCCCGCAAGUUAUAUCUUUCAUCAAAAUAAUGCUGUUCCUAUAUCGUCAUGGUUUAAUGACCCACACGAUACGGAAUUGUUGGAUUUAAUACCAUUUUUGGAAGAUUUAACAACGGUGGACGAUGUAAUGAUGGUUUUGGAUUCUUACAAUGAAGCGCACUAG